CAAGUAUAGAAACAAGAAGCACUAAAGUCAAAAAAAGUUCAAAACUUGGCUUUGAAUUUUUUGUAGCUCAAAGCUAAAUUGAAUUUUCAAAAAAUGCCGAUCACUAGCAUUGCAAUUGGAUCUCCGGCAGAGGUUGGCCAGGCAGAUGCCUUGAAGGCAGCUCUUGCUGAGUUCAUCUCCACUCUCAUUUUCGUUUUUGCUGGUGAAGGCUCCGGCAUGGCAUUCAAUAAGUUGACUAGUGAUGGGUCAACAACACCGGCCGGUCUAGUGGCUGCCUCACUGGCUCACGGAUUUGCACUAUUCGUCGCCGUUUCAGUAGGUGCUAACAUAUCUGGUGGGCACGUAAACCCUGCUGUUACAUUUGGUGCCUUUGUUGGUGGACACAUAACAUUGAUGAGAAGUAUUUUGUACUGGGUUGGCCAGUUGCUCGGAUCCGUCGUUGCUUGCUUGCUUCUUAAGUUUGCAACUGGUGGAUUGGAAACAUCUGCCUUUGCCCUAUCAUCUGGCGUUAGUAGUUGGAAUGCACUUGUUUUCGAGAUUGUAAUGACCUUUGGUUUAGUCUACACAGUCUACGCAACCGCCGUAGACCCAAGGAAGGGUAACCUUGGCACCAUUGCACCUAUUGCAAUUGGUUUCAUUGUGGGUGCCAACAUUUUGGCCGGUGGUGCCUUUGAUGGUGCAUCCAUGAACCCAGCAGUCUCCUUCGGACCAGCAGUGGUAAGCUGGACAUGGUCCAACCACUGGGUCUACUGGCUCGGUCCAUUUAUCGGCGGAGGAAUUGCUGCUGUUGUCUACGAGACCUUCUUCAUUAGCCCCAAUACACAUGAACAGCUUCCCUCAGCAGAUUUUUAAGAGUAUGAUCAGAGAGUUAUGUGGUGAGAGAUAUGGUUGAAUGUUGGGUUGGCAAGUGUUUUUUAUUUUCAAUGUUGUAUUGGUAAUUCUGUUGGCAAUGUUUGUAUUUGGUUUGGUAAUUAAUUGCUGAUUCCUGUGUUCUUGGCUUCUUUUUAAAUUCUCUAA